GAAAAGCGAGACGGAGAGAGCGCGAGACAGAGCGAGCUACGCAAUCUGACUGAGCGGGUCACACGCCUCCUCCUCCUCUCCAGUUCUUGCUACCCAGGUGACUGGGCGCCGAGAGCUCUAGUGCUGAGGAAACCUUCUCGCAGAAUUCCAGCAUCUUCGCCCCCCUUUUAAAAAAAUUUGGUCCUACUUUUUGGAUUUGUUUCUCCUUCCUUUUCUUUUCUCCAAACUAUCCCUUAAAGAUCCCUCCCCCCACCCCAAACCUCCUUUGCUCAUCUUUCCUUCCCAGUCUCCCUAGUUCCCCACUGAAAGCAAACCAUUAAACAAGCUCCCGGCCUUCCGACGGCCGGAGUCCGCGGACCUCCCAGGCCGACCGCCCUCCCUCUCGGCGCGCGGGUUCCGGGCCUGGCGAGAGGGCGCGAGCGCAGCCGAGGACAUGGAGGUGACCGCGGACCAGCCGCGCUGGGUGAGCCACCAUCACCCCGCGGUCCUCAACGGGCAGCACCCGGACGCGCACCACCCCGGCCUCGGCCACUCCUACAUGGACCCGACGCAGUACCCCCUGCCAGAGGAGGUGGAUGUACUUUUUAACAUCGACAGUCAAGGCAACCACGUCCCGUCCUACUACGGCAACUCGGUCCGGGCCACGGUGCAGAGGUACCCUCCGACCCACCACGGGAGCCAGGUAUGCCGCCCGCCUCUGCUGCAUGGAUCCCUGCCCUGGCUGGACGGCGGCAAAGCUCUGGGCAGCCACCACACAGCUUCACCCUGGAACCUCAGCCCCUUCUCCAAGACGUCCAUCCACCACGGCUCCCCUGGGCCGCUUUCCGUGUAUCCUCCGGCUUCGUCCUCGUCCCUGGCCGCGGGCCACUCCAGCCCACACCUCUUCACCUUUCCACCCACCCCACCGAAGGAUGUCUCCCCGGACCCAUCGCUGUCCACCCCGGGCUCGGCCGGCUCUGCACGGCAGGAUGAGAAAGAGUGCCUCAAGUACCAGGUGCCGCUUCCCGACAGCAUGAAGCUGGAGGCUUCGCACUCGCGCGGCAGCAUGACCACCCUGGGGGGCGCCUCAUCGUCCGCCCACCACCCCAUCACCACCUACCCGCCCUAUGUGCCCGAAUAUGGCUCCGGACUCUUCCCGCCCAGCAGCCUGCUGGGGGGCUCCCCCACGGGGUUCGGAUGUAAGUCGAGGCCCAAGGCGCGAUCCAGCACAGGCAGGGAGUGUGUGAACUGCGGGGCAACCUCGACCCCACUGUGGCGGCGAGAUGGUACUGGUCACUACCUUUGCAAUGCCUGUGGGCUCUACCAUAAGAUGAAUGGGCAGAAUCGGCCGCUCAUCAAGCCCAAGCGAAGACUGUCGGCAGCAAGGAGGGCGGGCACGUCCUGUGCGAACUGUCAGACCACCACUACCACCCUCUGGAGGAGGAACGCCAAUGGGGACCCGGUCUGCAAUGCCUGCGGUCUCUACUACAAGCUGCACAAUAUUAACAGACCCCUGACUAUGAAGAAGGAAGGCAUCCAGACCCGAAACCGGAAGAUGUCUAGCAAAUCCAAAAAGUGCAAAAAGGUUCACGACACGCUGGAGGACUUCCCCAAGAGCAGCUCCUUCAACCCGGCCGCCCUCUCCAGACACAUGUCUUCCCUGAGCCACAUCUCCCCCUUCAGCCACUCCAGCCACAUGCUGACCACACCCACGCCCAUGCACCCACCGUCCGGCCUCUCCUUCGGACCUCACCACCCUUCCAGUAUGGUCACUGCCAUGGGCUAGAGCCCCACUUGAGGUGCACAGGUCUCUGAGCGAGUGAGCAAGCGACAGUCCCUUCAGUCCCUUCUACUUGCGUUUUUGCAGGAGCAGUAUCAUGAAGCCUAAAGAGAUGGAUCUAUGUUUUUGAAGGCAGAAAGCAAAAUGAUGUUUGCCACUUUUGCAAAGGAGCUCACUGGGGUAUCUGUGUUCCAAUCACUGAAUCUGGAUCCCAUUUGUGAAUAAGCCAUUCAGACUCAUACUCCCUAUUUAACAGGGUUUCUAGUGCUGUGAAAAAAAAUUGCUGAACAUUGCUUAUAACUUAUAUUGUAAGAAAUACUGUACAUUUGAGAAAGACUUUAUUGUACCUGGGUAGUGGUAAGAAAGGUAUGAAGGACGCCAAGAGUUUUAAGGAAUAUGGGAAAAUAAAGUAUGGAAAUCCAGAAGAAACUAGGCCUGAUAUCCAAAUGGACAAGCUGCCAGUUCUGUUUCCUUUCACUGGCCACAAUUGUUUGAUGCAUUAAAAGAAAAAAAUAUAUAAAGGAAAAAAAAAAAAAAGAAAACAGAAAAAAAAAAAAGAAGAAAAAAAAUCGUAGCAAAUCCUUCAUUCAAAGCUGUGGGCCCCUGCAAAGGAAAUAGCAUUUCCAGGCAAUCCGUGUUGGAACUCACACAUUGCCGCCGCCGCCGAGGGCUCUGAAGUGGCACUUCUAGGCCGACAUGCUUGGUGAACAAGUCUCUGUAAUUGUUGUUUGUAUGUAUAAUUCAAAGCACCAAAAUAAGAAAAGAUGUAGAUUUAUUUCAUCAUAUUAUACAGACUGAAUUAUUGUACAAAUUUAUUUACUGCUAGUGUUAAGAACUGCUUCUUUUUUGUUUUUUGGAUUUUAAUGUUUGCCUUCUCUCUCAAUUUUCGGUUGAAUAAACUAGAUUACAUUCAGUUGACCUAAGGCGGUCGUGCUCUGGAGGGUUUACUUUUCCCUUUUGCUUUUGGAUGAUAUUUAUUACAUAGCUUUGAAGGGUCCUCAGUGUCUGCCCUCUCACUCCUUCCUCCUGCAGCCUGAGCUAUCAGGGUAGCCGCGAGUGUGCGUGCGUGCGAGCCACCGGGUGCGUCUGGGACCCGGCCGAGGGCUGUACCUGGAGCAGCCUGGCUCCCUGUCGCCCCGUCGCGCUCUGUGUUAGUGGUCGCUGCCUUUACACAGUCUGUUGGAAUGAUUCUAUGACAAUAAUAAUACAGUUAAACUAUUUUAAGACAACAAAAUAACAUCAAAUCAAGGUGAUGGCCGAGCUCUUAUAGAAUCUGGUAGCUCUAGCUAAUUUAAGACAGGAGUUUUUCUAAAAAAACAACAACAUGACCAAAUACAUGUUAAGUUAUUCACAAGGAGCCGGUGCCCCAGACAGAAAACAUCUACUCUUUUGGGAAGAGAAACCUAGGGUCACCCCGAGGAAUUUAUCCUGGGGCUGGGGCAACUUCUGGGGUCCCCUCGUGAGCUACAGUUUCUCUGCUGGCUCCCCUCUCUUCUCCAAGAAGGGGGAAGACUCCCUGGUCAGGAGAGCCACAGGCAGAAACUGUGGUGGUGAAUUGCUCUUCAGAUUGUAAACGAGUCGGCUGCUCUUGAUUUCUGUUUUGCUUUUCCACUGUUGAAUAACGUGGCAGUGAAAGGUUUAUUGGAAUGUUUGCGAAACUUGAAAUAACCAUUUUGUAACUUAUGCUGUAUAGUUUCCUUUUACUCUGUUGACAGAAUGUGUAACUAUGGCACACAUUUAAAAAUCUCUGUUAAUCGCCUCUCUGCUUUCUUAGCAAAUAUUUUAAACCUAAAGCUAAAUGUUGAAAUAAAGGAGUAGAGAAUUACUGAGA